UAAACCCAUGGAUAUUAGAACCUCAUAUGGAACCAGAGCGAAGAGUCUAAAAAUUUUUGACAGAGCCACGUUCAACAGCGCUGCUUAGCCUCUCCACAUACUAAGAUGUCUAAUUUAAGGCAAGCGGGCGGCAGAGGAACCAUGACGACGCUGCGCACAGCGCUGCUCCUCACCGUACUCGUGCUGGGCUGCAAUGGCCUCGUUAAAGAUAUUGCGGAUGCCUCCCCUUUGGACAAUCUUAGAUUAAAAUCUACAAAAGAUGUCCUCGCAACUCAGGAGAGAAUGAAAGAAAUGAACGAAACGAAAUCCACUGAAUUUGGUAACUUUGCUAAAACUAAAGUACAUCAAGCAUUAAGGAAAAGUGGAGCAUGGUUCUCGAAUGCCGUCCUGCCAUUCAGACAUUUCUGGAACAGUCAAGUUAAUUUUAACUCAAAUUUUCUCGCAAGGUUUAAUCUACAAAACUUAUUUUGGUCAAAACAAACAGAUUCUAAUCAAUUAAAUCGAUCAAAAGAGAUUCAAACAGUGACUGAAAUCGACUUGAGUUUCAAUGAGCACUUUAUAAAACAUUCUGGCAAGAAAAACAUCACUUUUGGAACAGAAAAUGUCGGGAGUUCACACGAUUUACACGCAGAAUUUGAAACCGAUAAAGACCAUCAUGGACUUGUUGGCACAGGCAAGCUCUUAGAACGUCAGCCAUUCAAGGCACGGAAAUUGCAAUUGAAACUAGUGAAAAAUGAAGCGAACCCGCUGGUGAUUGAAGAACAAUUACCAUAUAUUACGAGAGAACAGAGACAAAUAGAUCACAAUUUAAUCUCAAACGUGCAACGUAUUUUUUCUAAACUACUUGGCUCUAAAUUUGCGAUUCCAGUUAAUCCUCAGCAAAUCAUGAACAAUAAUUAUUCGACUCCCCAGCGAUUGUCAAAAUCGAGCGGUAGUUUUUUAACCAAGUUUUUCAGCUACUUCAUGGGUUCCACUGAUAAUCAAGAUGACAGUGACGACAAAGAUCUGGAAAUUGAACUUGAAACCGAAAACAAUUUAGUAGAUGAAGCCUCAACAGAUCUGAUGGGGCAGCGAAUCCUAGAAAAACUUGAACCCGUAUUAACCGACACCUUCGGACAUUCCAAUUUUAGUGUAGGAGAACUCCUCGAAGUACUGCAAAAUCCCAGUGGCAUUGAAGAAAAGCUUCUGUCUAGGACAUCAAUCGAGCACGCUCGAGAGCUUGUCGACGUUUUUAGCUUCUAUGAAGGCUUGUCACUUUCCAACAUGGUAGAAAGUUUAUCGAAAACAAACCCUUCCUCUGUAUCUGAAUAUUUGAGUAGAGUCGGAUCUGAAGUUCGCAGCUCACUCCAACAAAUCUGGAAUCUAAGUUUUUCUCCGGACAUCGAGAGUACAGACUUACCUGCGGAUGAAAGAGAUGUUCCAUCCUUGCUUCAAAAUCCGCAACCAAAGAACAUCAACAUUUCAUUCGCAAUCUCCACUUCGCCCAAAAAUUACACAUUUGUUGGAGCGUUCCCGAAAUUUAAUUUUACCUCUCCCUUCCUCAACAUCACCAAGCCUGCAUUCAUCAACAACAAUACGGGUCUACUUCUCGGACUGCCGCUGCUCGCAGCUCUGACCGCUGGGGCUCUCCUUGGCUUAGGAGGAGUGCUUGCAAUUUUGAUUGCGUCUCAUAUUCAUUACAAAGACAAAGAUAACGAUUAUGAAGGUUACGGAGACGAAGGGUACGGUCAUACAGGAUAUGAUGGAGGCCACGUUAUUGUUGCCGUGCCAACAGACGAUGGUUACGGUAAAAAAUCGAAAAAAUCAAGACCAAAAGUCACCAGGCAUAAGACAGUUCGAGGAAGAAUUCAGAAGGCGAGGACAACAAAAGUGAGGCCAUCGUACGGAACCAUACACUCUGCUCCCAAAAAGAAAGGAGGUGGAGGUUAUUCGCAUCGUAAGAGGAUCCAAAAGGGCGAUUCUUACUUCUAUGAUGACCCUGAAGACUCGGGCUUGUACACUCGUUCAUUGGAAUUCCCUGACUGGCAAUACGCGAAGAAAGAUGAACAACCGCGGUAUGUGCGACUGUCAUCACGGGAAAUAAAAAAAAAUUCCCCAAUCAUGGAUAGUUCUCGUCUAUUUGAUUCGUCGCAUAAAGAAGAUAAACAAUCCCAAGAGUAUAAAUGGGUGUACACAGCUCGAGACUCGAAAGAAAAACGACAGAAGAAUGAAUAUCACAAAGAUAAAAUUUAUGAGUCUUCAGAAGGAUCUCGCCAUGAAAAACGAGACGUUUUCGAAUCGUGGGAAAGAGGAAGAAAGGAAAUUUACAAACCCUUGACUAAGUAUAGCAGUCAGGAGGAAGUCAAAGAUGGAUCCGAUGAGAGGCCACGAGCUGAUAAGCCUUUCCGAGGUACUCUGGUAUUGGAAGAAAUGGGUUCACUUGAAGAUAUCUUGUAUCGAGGAAAUACGAAGAAAAGACAACAAAGUAAAAGAAAAAAUAUCUCGAAACGAAAGUCAGGGUCAGAAAGAGACAGCAUUGGCCAAUACGCUACUCAGGUGGACACGAUCAUUCCAAGCAAAGAUAAACCUCUCAGCGAAGUUGGCAACAUUCCAGGGAUUGAAUGGAAUUUGGAGUCAUCCGCAGUAAGCCCGGAAGGCGUCAGCGUCAAAGAUCUGGUAAUCGAGUCGAACAGCCCACUGAAUGAAGAAUGGGGUUCGAGCCAAAGAGCCAAUUCGGGUGGCGGUGGAGUUCUGAAAUCAGACGGAGCGAUGGACGCUCGUCGUAAGCUAAAUGUUUUAUUGGAUCGCUAUCGGCAAUACACUCGAAAUGUAUUCACUGCUGAAAAUCGUAAUGGUGUUCCUUUGGCCAGUCAUCUGACGGCCAACAGCUACGGGAACGUCAGUACUUCAGACCAAGUUAUUACUAAUGAAACGAAUAAUACGCCUUUCCAGCGACGCCUUUUGAGUGUAGAACCCGAGCACUCCGAACCACAAAAGUUUUCCUCAGCAAGUUCAUUGCAAACAUCCGCUUCUUCGGUUCAUCUUAUUAAAUCUGUGUUAGACACUCCGUUGCCGGAAAUGCCACACACAACUCGUGUGCGCUCGAGAUCUACCGCCGCCUCUCGAAGGACCUCCGAUACUACAACAUCAUCAGUCACUGCCGCGCCACCAGGAGAGCAGCUCUUCAGCCAACAGCGGGUGCAAGAACAGCGCGAGUAUCGCGUACCUCCAGGCAGGAGGUUCAGACUAGCACCUCCAUUGAACAUGCCGUAAGUUUCGGGAAAAUGAAAAUUUAAUUUUUCGCAAUUAAUUACAUGCAUGCGACUUCAAUGAAAUUGAAUUAUUCAUGAAUUUUAAUUUUAGUUUUAAUUUUAGUAGUCAUCUACACUUAUAUUUGAUCGUGUUUCCUACCUAAAAGUUAAUGGAUUUUUUUUAAACAACUCAGUUGCUGUUGGAAUUUCACUCAUUAAACGAAAGAACAUCACCGGAACAUUCGAUUUGAAUAAUUUAGUAUCAAUCUUAUUAGCAAUCGACUGAAUAAGUAAACAUCAUACAUUUCAUGGCAUUCUUGAUUUCUAAUUCGUAUAGGUUAAUACCUGCAGGCCAGUCGAUUAUACACUUAAGCAAACUUGAUUAACAAGCCUAUAUGAAUAAAUUACUAGAAAACUCUGAUAUCCA